AUGAAUCUCGAGCCCGAAUACGACGACAAGAAGCAUGGGGAUGUUUACAACCAGCAGGUCGACGGCACCCAUGUGCCACCUGUGUAUGAGGAGGAGGUUGUCGCCCACCAGGGUCUUCAACGAUCGCUCAAAGCUAGACAUUUGGCAAUGAUUUCCAUCGGUGGUGUCAUCGGAACGGGUCUUUUCUUGGGUACCGGUUCUGCAUUAGCCCACGGUGGUCCUCUUGGUCUUUUCUUGGGUUACGCCUUGAUGGGUAGUAUCUGUUAUUCAGUCAUGAUUUCCCUCGGAGAGAUGAUCUCUUUCCUUCCUAUCCCCGGUGGUCACAUCAAACUCGCUGAGCGAUUCGUCGAUCCCGCUCUUUCUUUCACAAUGGGAUGGAACUAUUGGUACAACUGGGUUAUCAUUCUUCCCGCCGAACUUUCCGCCGCUGCCGUCUUGAUCAAUCUUUGGAACAAAACAAUCAACAACGCUCUUUGGAUCUCCAUUUGUCUUAUCGUUGUCGUUGUCAUCAACCUUCUUGGUGCCGGUGCUUACGGAGAGGCUGAAUUCUGGUUCGCUUCUAUCAAAGUCCUCACCAUUGUCGGUUUAAUCAUCCUCGGUAUCAUCAUCUCCGCUGGUGGUGGUCCCAACCACGAGACCACCGGUUUCCGAUACUGGAGAGACCCUGGACCUUUUGUUCAAUACUCUGGUAUCCAAGGAUCUCUCGGUAAAUUCCUCGGUUUCUGGGCAGUUCUCACCCAAGCCGCUUUCUCUUAUAUCGGUACUGAAAUCGUUGCCAUCGCUGCCGGUGAAGCCAAGAACCCCAGACGAAAUCUUCCCCGAUCAAUCAAGAAAGUUUACAUCCGAAUCUUGGUCUUCUACCUUGGUGGUACUUUCAUCAUUGGUAUCCUUGUUCCCUCCAACGAAGAAGGUCUCGCUCUUAACUCUGGUACCGCUCUUGCCUCUCCUUUCGUCAUCGCUAUCAGAAAAGCCGGUAUCCCCGCUCUCCCCAGUAUCAUCAACGCUUGUCUUUUGACUUCCGCUUGGUCCGCUGCUUCUUCCGAUCUUUUCACCUCUUCCCGAGCUAUCUACGGUCUUGCCAUCUCCCGAAAAGCCCCCAAGAUCUUUGCACGAACCACCAAGAAUGGUCUUCCUUAUGUCGCCAUCAUCUUCUGUGCCAUGUUCGGUGCUCUUGCCUACAUGUCCCUUCAAUCUACCGCCGGUAAAGUGUUCGGUUACUUUGCCAACUUGACAGCUGCCGCUGGUCUUAUGACAUGGUGGGGUAUCUGUUUCACCUACAUCAGAUUCGAAAAGGGUCUUAGAGAUCAAGGAAUUCCCAAAUCAUCUCUUCCUUACACUGCCAGACUCAAUUACCACGCUUUCGCCGCAAAGUACGCCAUUGUUUUGAUCAGUAUCAUCCUCUUCUUCUCAGCUUGGAACGUAUUCCUCAAAUCAGAUACCGGAUUUGACGCCGCCACAUUCAUCACCAACUACCUUCCUUUGUGGCUCUUCCCUAUUUUGUGGGUUGGUUACAAGUUCAUCAAGAAGACUCGAUUCGUUCGAUCAACCGAAAUGGACUUUGUAUCUGGUUUGGAUGUCAUCGAAGCUGAGUCAUACGAGGAAGAGCCUCCCAAGACUAUUGUAGGAAAGAUCUGGGCUUCUAUUAUGUAG